AUGGUUCGCUCCGUCACCUUCGAGAUCAGGUGGCACGACACCCAGCCCAUCUACAGCUGCUCCUUCCAACCCCUUCCUGCCAAUCACCUCAAGCGCGUCCUCGACCACAACAUGGGCCAGGCCGCUGGUCUUGCACCGGGCAAAGGCUUGUCUGAAAUCGACUCUGCCGCUGCCGCCGCCAUGACUUCAACGUCCUCCUCGGCGCAAGCCUCCGCUUUGACGCCCGUAGCAUCAUCGUCCAAGCUCACGCAGCCGCCCGUCAUGGCUGGAGGUCAAAGCUGGAGGCUUGCGACCGCAGGUGGUGACAACAACGCGCGCAUCUGGAUGGUCCACCCCAACAUCCCGUCCCCCGCUGCAAUGGCAAGCGCUGCCGCUGUCUCGGGAUCCGCCGUCGUCGCGCCUCACGCCCCUCGUGUCGAAUACCUUGCUACACUCCAAAGGCACUCGGGUGUGGUGAAUGUCGUUCGCUUUUGUCCCAAAGGCGAGCUGCUAGCAACCGCCGGCGACGACGGAAAUGUCCUCCUGUGGGUGCCCAGCGACCGCAGCAAGCCUGGACUCGGCGACGUCUCCACCAACCUCGAAGGCGAAGCUCAAUUCGAGAAAGAGCACUGGCGAGUCAAGCUCAUGUGCCGUGCCACGCAGCAAGAGCUCUAUGACAUGGCUUGGAGUCCCAACGGCGAGACCCUUGCCGUGGGCGGCACUGACUUUGUCGCGCGCAUCAUCAACGUCCAGGAGGGCCACGUCAUUCGUGAAAUCUCCGAGCAUAACCACUACGUUCAGGGAAUUGCCUGGGAUCCACUCAACGAGUUCAUUGCGACGCAAAGCAGCGACCGCACCGUGCAUGUUCACAGCCUGCAAACACGGCGACACGACCGUGACAGCAACGCUGGCUCGUCUAGCACAGACGUCAUCAGCAAGAACUCCAAGCUCGAUCUGCAUCGCAGGAACGGUAGCGCUGGCGGCUUCGUAUGGGAUCAGCAUUAUUCCAAGCCUGCUUUGCCAAGACGUACCAGCAGCCAUGCCAGUCAAGCCAGUGACGGAGAAGGCGCAAGGGAAAGCUUUGUCGCCGGUCUUCGAGGCAGGACCAAACGCAGCAGCACACCUAUCGACCCCAGCCACACGAGCACUGCGAUUGCACGCGCGAGUACGCCGGCAGCUGCAGUGCCAGCACCACCCUCAGCAGCUUCGGCGUCGUCCGCUGCCGCCGCCGCUGCUGCACCCACAUCCGGGCGGGCCAGCACUCCCACGCCCGCAGCCUCAAUACCGCCCAGCCCCUUUUCAUCCAACAGCGCCGCCGUUGCUGCGCACGCGAUGAACCCACCACAGACCACGCCCAGCCGUCGAUCGAGCUUCAGCGGUAGCAACUUUGACGUUGGUUCGCCGCCUACCAGCACCACCUCCUUGGCGCCCGCGUCCACCCUGGCGGGCUCGCAUGGCGUCAAGUCCGCAGCAAGCGCUCUCGAGCACACUCUUUCGGUGACGGGCGGAACCGCUGCGAGCGACGCUGGUCGCAGAGCAGGCAGCGUCAGCCGCUCCGCAUCGCGAACCCGGAGCAUGCGGUCGCCUUCGCCUAUUCCACCUCUGCCCGCCAUCCGCGCACCUCCCUCUCCCAAACAGCGCAUGCAAGCAGCAGCAGCAUCGGGCCUGGGUGGGCCACUGGCAAAGGCAUCGAUGCGUCUGUACGGUGACGAGAACUUUAGCGGGUUCUUCCGUCGCCUUUCUUUCAGCCCCGAUGGUGGCUUGCUGGUGACGCCCAGCGGUCUUUUUGAUCCUCCGCCGCCGUCCGCAUCUCCUAGUGUCAACCUGUCGCCCAUGAAGAGCCCUGCGACGCUGACGCCUGCUACCGCCGCAGCCGCCACGAGUCACCCGUCGACCAGUCCUCAAUUAGGUCCAGCCAACAAGAGUGCCGUGUACCUGUAUGCAAGGGGCAACCUGACUCGGUCGAAUGCCCCCAUCGCUGUGCUGCCUGGUCACAAGACAGCGACGUUGGUCGUGCGAUUCUCGCCGAUUUUAUACGAGCUGCGCAAGACACCGCGCACUUCGUCCGACGGCGACGACGAAGGCAUCGCCCCUCACCCGACCAUCCCGCUCGAGGCAGGCAAGCAAAAGACGGUCUCUCUUCGCACCGAAUCCUCGACUGCAGCGUUCUCUCCGUCGCUCGGAUCGACUCCAUCGAAAGACCCUUUGGCGCCGUCAGCAUCGCCGUCGCAGCCCGAGAAGAUCUCACCCCACGUCCCACGUCAGGACGCACGCUCCCCACCGCGCGGGAUCAGCGUCUUCGGCCUCCCCUACCGAAUGGUCUACGCCGUCGCCACCCAAGACAGCGUGUGGAUCUACGACACGCAGCAAGCCGGCCCCAUCUGCUGCUUCAGCAACAUGCACUAUGCCAGCUUCACCGACCUCACCUGGUCGCCGGACGGGCAGACGCUCAUGAUGUCGUCGACGGACGGGUACUGUUCGGUGGUCGUGUUUGAUUAUGCGGAGUUGGGCGUGCCGUAUGCGUUUUCGGCGCAACCGGCGUUGAAGGCUCCUGCGCCAGGUGUGCCUGCGCCAGCGCAUAUUGCGGAGGGCAAGUCGACGGGGAGCGCGCCGAACACGCCCAAGAUGGCCAGCCCGGCAAUGUUGGCCCCUGCAGCAACGGGUGGAUCUGCCGCCGAGGCGUAUGCCAGCGCCGUUGGGGCCACGCCCGCCGGGUUGGGGCUGGCCAUGCCUCCAGCUUCCUCUUCGGCUGCACCAUCGACUGCGCCAGCACCAGCACCAGCAACAGCAACAGCCGCCGCUGCGGGCGGGGACGACGCCGAAGCACCCAAGAAGAAACGCAGGAUCGCCCUGACCCUGGAACGCCCGCUCGGAUCCUGA